AUGUCCUGCUCCAGCCUGUGUUCUCCCUGUGGGGUGGCUGCCCCGGCCCCGCUGGCUGACACCUGCAACGAGCCCUGCGUGCGGCAGUGCCCUGACUCCACGGUGCUGAUCCAGCCCCCCCCUGCCGUGGUCACCUUCCCCGGACCCAUCCUCAGCUCCUUCCCCCAGUCCAGCGUCGUUGGCUCUGCAGGAGCCCCCGGGGUUGGGGGUGGCUAUGGUGGCACUUUUGGCCUUGGGGGCUGGGGUGGCUAUGGAGGCUUUGGAGGCUGUGGUGGCUAUGGAGGCUUUGGGGGCUGGGGUGGCUAUGGAGGCCUUGGGGGCUGGGGUGGCUAUGGAGGCUUUGGCUACGGGGGCUGGCGCCGAGGCCACCGGUACCUGAAUGGCAACUGUGGGCCCUGCUGA